GUCAGGUUGACCCGGAAGCGCAUGAUUCUCCACCCGUAGCCUCGGAGAUGGCGGAGUGGAAGGAGGAGGUGGAGGUGCUGGUACAGCGGGUUGUGAAGGACAUCACUGGCGCUUUCCGCAGGAACCCCAACAUAGAUGAAAUUGGCUUAAUCCCGUGUCCAGAGGCAAAAUUCAAUCGCAGCCCCAUUGUACUGGUGGAGAAUAAGUUGGGGGUGGAGAGCUGGUGCAUCAAGUUUCUGCUUCCUUAUGUACACAACAAGCUCUUGCUUUACCGACAGAAGAAGCUUUGGCUCAAUAGAGAUGAAUUGAUUGAUGUAACCUGCACCCUGUUGUUACUGAACCCAGAUUUCACCACUGCUUGGAAUUUAAGGAAAGAGUUAAUCCAGUCUGGAGCCAUCAACCCAGAGAAGGAUUUACAGCUUGGAAAACUGGCUUUGACCAAGUUCCCUAAAAGUCCUGAGACAUGGAUUCACAGGAGAUGGGUAUUGCAGCAUCUUCUGCAGGAGCACAGUCCUCCCUUAGUUAUGAAUAAGGAAGCAAGUAGUCUGGUUCUCACAGAGCAGAUCCAGAGUAUUGUGCAUGAAGAAAUGAAUGUCUGUUGUGAAGCAGCUGGAAGAUACCCAAGCAACUACAAUUCCUGGUCCCAUCGUAUUUGGGUUUUACAACACUUGGGGAAACUUAAUGUCAAGCUCCUAAUAGAUGAGUUGUCUUUCACAAAGCACUGGGUCUCCAUGCAUGUGUCAGACCACAGUGGUUUCCAUUAUCGUCAGUUCUUGCUGAAGUCUUUACUGUCCCAAGCACGAGCAGACUGUGAAAGCUCAAGCAGUGUUCCCAGAGAAGAGGAGGCUCCGAGGCUGGAUCUCCCCCUUUUCAUAGAAGAAGAACUGGAACUUAGUAGCGAUCUUAUAGAGUCUUACCCUGGACAUGAAGCACUGUGGUGUCACAGGCGUCAUGUACUUACCUUGCUUCACCAACUGCACAACAAAGAGCCUCACAUGGAACCCCCACAAGUCCCCAGUGUGGACACAGCUGCUGGUAGUGCAGGAAAUGAAUGCCAGCACCUCUGCACUGAUUUUCUGGGUUUUCAUACAAACACUAUGGAUGUUGAUAGAGUAUGUGAUACAAGCAAGCAGAGCUAUACCCAAGAAACUAAACGUCUAAAACGUGCUCCUGCCCAGGACUCCCUUAUCUACAAAUCCGAGCUCAGGUUCAUUAGUUGUAUCCUAUCCAGCUGCCGAAAUGCUGAGCAGUCCAGGUUUGCUGCUUCAUACAGAAAAUGGCUGCAGUCCUUGCUAGGUCACUAACAUUUCUCACUCCAUUAUGUAUGGAUUACUUAUGGUGCAAUAUUUUCUUUUCUUUAGCAUUGACAUAGUUCCAGAGUGCAUGAACCAUGCUCCUCUGACACAAUAAGACUGCAGCAAGAUUAAUUUAUAUUUAUUUUGUUUCCAUUUUUAUUUAACUUAACACCCAAUGGUAGAGCAGUAAGAUUUCCUUUUAAGCACUUGCACAUUUUUAUGAACUGUUUUUGAACUGUUCAUUAUGGCAAAGUCAUUUCAACCUGUUACAAGUCAAUAUCUAUUUUAGUUUGGAUGUUAGGGAUCGAAAAUGGAUACUUGAAAAUUUUAGGUAAGAGUUACAAUUUUCCCCAUUGGAUUAUUAACAGAAGAGGUUUUUAUGACUAUUUUAAUCCUCCAACAUGUCUCUGUGCUGUAACCUUUAAUUUUGCUGAAAUAAAAACAUAAUAGAUAAACAUAAUAGAGCCAUUGGAUAAACAAAGCAUCUGGAAGCUUGGAGCCAAGGGAGUGUAUUGCGAGGACUUCAGCACACCACCUAGAAUGACAAGGCGGCCAUAGGAAGCUACAUUUCUAAUGGUGUUGGUGAAAGCCACCAUGUUGUGAUCUCCUUUCAGCUUAUAUGAAUGAAUGACUGACACACAUGAGCUUUAUUUUUUACAUUUCAAGCAAUGUAUAUAAAAACAUUGACAACACAUUCAUAUCUUACAGGAAGUUUUAAAUCAGGGCUGUCUUGUUGCUUUUUAAGGCUUCUUUGUGUCCACUAUCAUUCCCUCCCCAAAAUCCCGAGCUCAUAGAACUGUUCUAGAUUACCUUUAACACCAAGCUGUGCGCCCCUGACAUUUAGUAUUAGUUCUAAACACCUUCAUACACAAACCUUUGCAGAUGUUUUAUAGUCCCAUCUUGUAUGCAUUUACACAUAGCCAGAAAUGGGAAUGGACAACCUGUGGCUUUCCAGCUGCCACAAGAAUUCAACUCCCAGUAUGCCAUGCAAACCAUUUUGAGAAUUUCAAUAUCCCAACAGCUGGAAAGCCAUAGGAUGCCAGCAUCUUACUGCUUGGAAAUAUUAACAACCAGUAAUAUAGUGAAAUGUUAGUACACACUUAAUUAUUGAACAGGGAUUGGUGUGGAUCAUUUUCAAGUUUUUAUCUGUUAUUUAAGAGGCAUAAAGGGACACUCACUAAAUUAGGGAAAAUAAAUGGUUUCAUAUUUAGCACAAUGCUAACUAUUGCUCUCAUAUAUCUGUAAGCUGGUUUAAUAAAACUGUUUCUUGAUAUAUUAAACCUAUAGAUCUUUCAUGUGUGACUUGCUUCCUGCAGUUAUGAGUCUCCAUUCAUGACCUUUAAGAGGACUUUUAUAGCCGCGCUUCCCAAGAAACUAUGGCUGCUUAUGGGUAAUGUUUUCCCACGAACAGUGAACACUGUCUAUCCUUGAACUCUUUGUCAGCUUUAGGGUACGUUCA